AUGCCAUCGGCUUUUGCAUGCUAUCCUCCUGCUUGGGACGUUACGAAAGAGCUCACGAAGGUCCUUCAUUCGCCAGAAUUCCAUCGGAUCGAUAACGGUCGUCUCUUCAACUUCGAUGUGGGUUUUGAGCAGGUGGGCGGUAUCCUGAAGGAAGGGUUUGAGCUCGCGGGACGAAGGUUUGAGUUCCUGGCCUACUCAAGCUCUGCAUUGAGAGAGCAUUCUGUGUGGUUUAUUAAUCCAUUCGAAUACCAGCAUCCUAAUACCAAAGAGAUGGUCUGGAUCUCGGCCUUUACCUCGACGAAUCCUUCAAUCACUAUUCAGAGAAAUCAGUGGGCUGUGGUGGAGGAUUUGGGUUUGAAGCCUUACCUACAUACGGAUGGCGCAGGCACCAUAUCAGAGUGUUUGGACGAUGAGAUCUGGGAGCGCCUACAUGAAGGUUGUCGAGAUUAUGGUGAAAAUGUGAUCAAACCAUCUGGGGUUAUAAAGGUCAUCGCUGUGGAACCGAGACUCGAUGACAAUCCCAUUCGGAUGCGACUGAGGCCUAGCAUGGGAAAGUUCGAAGACUCCCGAUCAACGGAAACGAACAUCGAGAUCGCAAACUACUUCAAUAAGCCUAUGCUGUCGUAUCUCAACAGUGAUUCUGGAGAUAAACGUGUGAGAAGGGAGGUGUUCUAUGAAUUGCAAGACGACGCGGUAGCCAAUGCUUUAACCAUCGAUGACUCAAUGCAACAGCUCUCUAAUAUCCUGGAAAAGAAUUCUUUAGGCAGCGUCUACCGGUUGUCUUAUAUCAUUCACCAACUCUUGGUCCUAAGCUUGGAUAUCAGGACACCUGGGAUCGAUACACCAUUCCUAAAAGAUUAUCAACUUGUCGGCGUGCCAGAUGAAGGUCCCGCCUAUGAGAAGGAGGGGCAUAAGAACCUGGAAAGAUCUGGAGAAGCCGACUACACCUACCUCUCCUACCUUCUUGACAGACCCAUUGUCCUUGAAGCUCGAGCCCUCAAUCGAAUGACAUCUCUGCCCACAUACCCCCUGACGGAUCCCCUCACGACCACAAAGAUUUCAGAAGCGGAAGUCGUCGUGGGGGCAAUUUUGGACAAGUGUUCGUCUGAUAGGGCGAGGAGGGACAGGAUUUCGUGCAUGGGAGACCAAGCUUCGCAGGCAGUGAUGCGGCAGGGUCUGCUGCCAUAUGAGGGGGAGGAGGAUAUUGCGACGAAGCAGAUGUCCAGGGCGGGUCUGAAGUGUGCGUGA